CCGCCAGCUGCUAGAAGAGAGGUUUGUGCUGGUUGGGAUGGAUGGGAUGGGAUCAAUCGAUGGGUCUAUCCCUAACCUAGACUGGUCUGAUGCAAAGGUUGUUUUCCUGGCGGUUGCUUUGGGACGGGGAGGGGCGCGGAGGUGGCACAGUGUAAGGGAUGUACAGUACAUGUACCUCGGUAGUCCGUUAUACUUCGUCGGGUAGGGUGGGGGGAAUCAAUAAGAAUUCCCCUGAAAAGAACCCACCCCCGCAGGUAUUUAACUUUUUCAACGGACCGCGCCCGCGACAGCCGCCCCACGUGAUCUCCCCGCACUCCGGUGUAACCCACUACUUCAUCCAUGAUUGCCUCCAGAAAGCCUAUUUCGAUGGUGGAUAGUUAGCAUGGAAGUCACAACCAUGUUAACUAGCCAGUAUGCCAGCCAGCACAAAAGAUCAAAAUACAUCAAUCUCCAUCAUUUUGGGUAAGAUUCCUUAUGAUGGCAUCCGGGUGCAUUGACCUGAAUAGCCACCUUUCAGAGCAUGUCAGAGGACUUUGGCUUUGAAAUUCACCUGUUGGGUGGCUCCGUGGGUGCCACCCAAAUGCUUCAAUCCCUUAUCCAGGUUGUGAGACUGGUUUGGUAGUGCUGUACCCGGUAUCUAGGUAUAUCUUCGGACACCGUGGAAGAUGAUUGACCUCCGGGUAUCCACUCGAUGUGCAAUGCAUCCUUGGGAACUCAUGGAAGUUGUUAACUAACUUCCAAUAUAAGUAUGUGCCAAUCUACUUUCCUCCCGCUCCAGUUUUAUUGCAAUUUCUUGUGGAGAAGCAUCUCGAGUCGUAUAUUUAUCUUCGUCUUGAAUUUGACUUUUGGCCGCGGAAAACAAAUCCUCAAAGCCAACACUUGGAAGUGAAAAAGGGAAAACUAGAGAAAAAGGGUUAAAAAAACAAAGAGAAAGAGAAAGCGGAGGAAGAUAAAACUUGAAAAAUGAAGACUACUCGCUCGCUCGCUCGUUUUAGUCUUCUCUAUUUUCUCUGUGCCGCAAUUGGGACAUUAGCAGCACCUGUCGACCCAGAACAGUUCCUACGUCUUAAAUCAUCAAUCGCACGACGGUCUGUGGAGUCAUUACUGUUUCGGAUUUAUGCAAAGACUGAAUACGGAUUGACGCUUUAUGCGAGAGUUGACCAGCCUGUGCCUGGUGAAUGGCGUGUGGCUAUGGAUGAAGACCCGUCCCGAGCUACACUGGUCGAGAUUACUAAUGGCACAGUUGGUUUUAAACCCGGCGGCAAUGAGACUUUAUUCUUGUCAUGGGAGACCAACGAGUAUACACCAUGUGCGGAUUUGGUGACUUGAGUUUUGUUUUGUUUUGAAGCGUGAAUCUAUGGAACAAAAAUGCUAACAAUCUUUUGAAUAUAAUAGCCGUUCUGUUCUCAACACUUUCC